ACAGACGAAUCAACAUUUUCAUCGUUCAUCGUAACCGCCUUUUCUUUCGUGUCCAAUCACGCAGCAUUUUUUUUUCCCAGCCGCCCACGGAAUUCUACUGACCGGCACUGCAUGCACUGGUGUAUAAAUACUGGACCGUCCAUAAUUCAGGCGCUAUGAUCGCAUCCUCAUGGAUCAGCAAAGCUGUGAAUCUGAUGGCUCCAUGUUCUCUUCCUCUUCCGAUCUCACAGACGAUGCGCUUUCAACGGAAGGGCCUCUGUUCGAGUUGUCAGCUACUCUCAUGGCUGUGCUCCCUAUCAAAAGAGGGCUGUCGAAGUACUUCCAGGGGAAGUCCCAAUCUUUCGCAUCUCUAUCUCGAGCCACGUGCAUAGAGGAUCUGGCAAAGAAAGAGGCUCCGGCUUGGAAUAACAAGAAGGGUAUGAAAGCAUGGAAGAUCAGUGGAGGUGGCUUCACGCCUGGUCCCUGCAGCAGGACUAUAACAAAGAAGUCUUCGAGGGGCUCUUGUGCCUCUUCGGCGGCAAGGAGAGGCAGGCAUUAGCCUUUUUUUGUGGCCGUAAACCUCCCGCGUUACCUAGGAGUGAGAAUCUGAGUCUAAUUUUUGUAUGUUGUAGGGAUUAGGAUCAGAAACUGCUCUUUGCAUUAUGUGAGAGGGAGGUGAAUUGGACAAAAGUGGCCCAGUUUGAUCUAUUCUAAUACCUAGAUACUGAGAAUGAUCGGCUUAAAUCUUGUCGGAAUUGACUAGUGAAUGUGGAUAAUAUUUUAU